AUGCAGUUGAGUAUAUACAUGAAAAGAGCAUUUUACCCAUUGGCGAGUCGGUUAUCUAGCCCUAUUCAAGGGAAGUUACCUAAGCGAGUAACAGCCGACGAAGCUGUGUCAACGAUUGCAUCAGGUGACCACAUUUUCGUUCACGGACCUGCCUCUACCCCUACCGAGUUAUUAGAAGCCCUUUGUCGUCGGGUCGACUCCCAUGGAAUCAAAGAUCUUCGACCCAUACAUAUUAUUCUGGGAGGAAAAGUUCCAUGGACGGACGAGAAAUAUUUUGGUGAAUUACCAUAA